AUGACGUCGUCGUCAGCAGGACCUCUUCGCCGGGCCCGCCCCGCAGGCGACAAACCCCAAUCCCCCUCCAACGAGCUCCCCAAACGGACAAGCAAUGUGCCUCAAGACGGGGCUAACGGGCACACACGUGAAGAGCGGACCGUCGACCCAGAUGGGAUCAAUGAGCAAUCGCCACUCCUCUCCCCAGUCUCUAAUGAACGCGAUGGCUUUAUCGACGGCCCGGCGGCUGGUGCCGUCGACGUGCACCAAGCCACCAAGAGCAUAUGGUAUCUCAUCCUCCUUACCAUGAGCAUUGGCGGCCUCCAGAUUGCUUGGUCUGUCGAGAUGUCCGCCGGAUCGCCCUACUUGCUGUCUCUCGGCCUGAGCAAGUCUCUCAUGGCGCUGGUCUGGAUUGCCGGCCCCCUCUCGGGCACCCUGGUUCAGCCCUACGUCGGCAUGCUGAGCGACCAGUGUCGAAUCAGUUGGGGGAAGCGGAAGCCUUUCAUGCUCGGAGGUACCGUUGCUACUAUGCUUUCUCUGAUGAUUCUUGGCUGGACGCGCGAAAUCGUCGGCGGCUUCCUCGGCAUCUUCGGCGCCUCGGUCGAGUCGCAGGGCGUCAAGCUUUGCAUCAUUGUCACGGCAGUUCUCUGGGUAUAUAUACUGGACUUUGCCAUCAACACCGUGCAAGCAGCUAUUCGCGCCUUCAUUGUCGACUGCGCACCCACCCAUCAGCAAGAGGUUGCAAAUUCCAUGGCAAGCAGAUUUGUCGGGUUUGGCAAUAUUAUUGGCUACAUGGCUGGCUAUGCGAACCUAACCAAGACGUUCUGGUGGCUCGGCGACUCCCAAUUUAAGGAGCUCUGUGCAAUAGCCAGCAUCUCCCUUUUCGCCACGGUAGUUGCAACCUGCCUUCUGAUCCGCGAGAGGGAUCCUCGCCUGGAGGGUCCUCCCCCAAAGGACAAGGCUGGCGUUCUUCCCUUCUUCCGAAAGAUAUUCACCUCCAUCAAGAGGCUGCCGCCACAGACCAGAAAGGUCUGCGAAGUCCAGUUCUUCGCCUGGAUCGGCUUCUUCCCCAUGCUAUUCUACACGUCGUCGUUUAUCGGAGAGAUCUACGCCGAGCCCUUUCUCGAGAGAAACCCCCACAUGACGCCGGAAGAGUUGGAUGAGCUGUACGAACGAGCCACGCGGGAAGGGACAUUUGCGCUGCUCAUCUUUGCCAUCACCAGCCUGGCCACAAACGUUUUCCUUCCGUUCUUUAUCAUGCCAACCUACGAUAACCAGACUGCCGGUAUCGAGGGCUCCAGCGACGGGGAGUAUGAGGAGGAGCAGAAGUCGUGGUUGGACUAUCUGGUCAUCCCUGGUUUCACACUUCGCCGUGCCUGGAUGUUUUCUCAGAUCCUCUUCACAGGCAGUAUGCUGUGCACCGUUUUUGUCCGGACGGUUGCUGCUGCCACGGUGCUCAUCGGGCUUGUGGGCAUCACCUGGGCUCUGACCCUCUGGGCACCAUGGGCCAUCAUCAGUGCCGAGAUUUCUCGCCGCGACGAACUUCGGCGCGGUCAGAAGCAGCAGUCUCCGUCGCCCAGCCGUGAGCAUAUAGCCUCGCUGGACGGUUAUUCGUCGGACGAGAACCGAGAACGCGAGGUUGGCGGAGCCGGCGAGGAAGAAGAAGACCAAGCCGGUGUAAUUCUAGGAAUCCACAACAUGGCCAUUGCAGCGCCACAAAUUAUUGCCACGGUGGUUAGCAGCAUCAUCUUUCGCAUCUUCCAAAAGCCUCGCGGGACUCCGGGCGACCACAGCAUGGCCAUUGUGAUGGCGCUCGGCGGCCUCACAGUGAUGAUUUCCGCCUGGUUUAUCCAUCUCAUUCGGGAUGAUCCUUCUGUCCCAAAAGACAUCAUGAGUGCCAUCGAGGACGGCGAGUGCAGCCGCCCUAGCACGAGCCACAGCCGCAGUCGUUCUCACGAGCAACUUCCCCGUGCCAGCCUGGAACGGGCCACCCUGGUCAGAAACCAGAGUUUUGGUGGGAUGGAAUACUGA